GCUCCCCAAAUGCUUGGCAAAGGUGUCGUUGAUUAUACCCGGGAAGGGUCAAUUUUGAGUGCCGAGCAGAGGCGAUUCUACGAGAAAAAUGGAUAUCUGUUGAUUCGAAACUGUGUUCCACAGUACGAAUUGAACAGGUUCCGACAAAGAUUUCAGGACAUUUGCGAGAAAAAAGUAAAAGCUCCAGAAAACAUGACCGUCAUGAAAGACAUUUCCAUCGCAAAAUCCGAAUUCAAAGACGGUGAGAAGGCGAUCACCAAGAUCCAGGAUUUUGCAGAUGAUCCAGUUCUUUUUGAGUACUGUAAGUAUCCGGGAGUUGUCGAUGUGGUGAAGGACUUGAUUGGAAAUCCAAAGUCGAAUUUGAUGGCAAUGCAUACAAUGCUUAUCAAUAAACCACCAGAUAAUGGAAAACUAACAUCCCGGCACCCAAUGCACCAAGAUCUUCAAUAUUUCCCAUUCCGUCCAGCAGAUUUUAUUUGUUGUGCUUGGACCGCAAUGGAGAAGAUCACAAGAGCAAAUGGAUGUCUGGUUGUUGUUCCCGGAACUCAUAAAGGUGUUCUUUUGCCACACGAGUACCCGAAAUGGGAGGGUGGUGUGAACAAAGCCUAUCACGGAAUCCAGGACUAUGACACGUCGACGCCACGUAUCCACGUGGAAAUGGAACCCGGAGAUACCGUAUUCUUUCAUCCAAUUCUUAUUCAUGGUUCCGGAGCCAAUAGAACUGAAGGAUUCCGCAAAGCGAUCUCCUGUCACUACGCAAAUGACGACCUCUGCCGUUAUGUAAACGUCGAGGGUACAACUCAAGAGACAUUGGCAGAGGAGAUCAUCGAAAUCGCCAAGAAGCGUCUGACAAGAUAUGGUCUCGACCCGAAUACUGUAACCUUGGAUUUCGCGGACAUUUGGAGGGUUCGCGCCAGAGAGGUCAAUGGGCGCAGAUCUAAUUUGUGAUUUUUAUGUUUAAAACUGUGAAAUCGAUCAGAGUUUGUCGAUAAUUUUUGUAAUGUAUUUCAGUUAAUAAAUUAACAUUUUG